GGGAGAGAUUAUUGGAUGUCAGGUGUAGAUGCUGAGGGGCUUCGAAGAUCAGCCGAGUCGAUAUAUGAAGAGGUGGUUCCUCUUUUUGAAUGGAAUCAGGACUCCACUACUCAUUACUGGCUUCUUCUUCAUCUUCCAGGGUUCAGAAGAGAGGACGUGAGAGUGGAAGUUAAAGCUAAUGGCCUCAUAAAAAUUGGUGGGGAAAAGAAUGUAAAUGGGACAAAGUUUAUCUGGUUUGAGCAAUUUUAUAAAGCACCACAAAAUUCAAAACCUGAAGAUAGCAGGAUUGAGCUGGUCGAUGGGGUUUUAAAAUUAACCAUCCCAAAGCUGGCUGAAAAAGUUCUUGCUGCUACCCCUGCCAAGUCCCCCAGAGAUGAAGAUGAUUCAGCUCAGGAUAAGGGCAAAGAUGUGAAUGUCAGUGGUGAUUAUUCUAAUGGCCAUUAUAGUGUCAAAAGUACAAUUGAAAACGUUCCAGCUGCUGCCCCUGCCAAGACGCCCGAGGAUGAAGACGAUCCGAAUCAUGAAAAGGGCGAAAUGGUCAAUGGAAAUGGUGAAUGCUCUAACAAGAGUGAAGUUAGAUCAAGUGAAGAAGAACAUUGUGAUGUAGCUGCCAAAGGAGAAAUAAAGUCCUGCAAAUGUUUGGCAAAAAUUGCAAACAAGUUGAAAAAUAACAUGGAGAUUUUCCUUGUAGCUAUUCUUGCCUUUUCUGUAGGUGUUUUAGUGUCCCAAAAUAAACUUAGAAGAGUAAACACUAAUGAAAAGGUAUUGGCUAAACUUGAUGACCAAAAUUAUAGUGAGAAAUUAAGUCAAUGAUAGAGAAAUACUACGUAUUGCAUGACCCCAUCCUUGCACAUUCACAGAAAACAAAACAUCUUGAUUUUUUAAAUAUUUUUUUAUUUGAUUAUUCAAUCACAUUUUGUAAGGAAUAAAAGUUGAAGUGGAGAACUCAGAAAUUGUUGUUUCUGUCUCUACCUGUAUCAAGUCAAUCCAAUCUAUGAAUAUUAACUAUACUUGUAUAGUUGUAUUUUA